CAUGAACUGCCAAAAUGACAUUGACGUUUGACAUUAAAUUCUCAUUUUCAAUUUCGGAAUUCGAAAUUUGUAAUCAAUUCGCGAGUGAAGGCGAGAAAAUAAAUUGUAAAAAUGGCUUCGAAUUUGUCUGCUAUCGAAUUAUUAAAAUUGGGAGAUCAGGACAGGGUUAAGCCUGUUCUAAAUCAAUACUGGCCUUACAUCCUUGGUGGAUUUUUUGGGAUCGGAACUGGAAUAUGUAUUAACUUUGGCACAAAACGUCCUCUUAUGAGCGGUAUCCAAAAACACAUCUUUGGCGUGGUAGGCUGGACUGCAGCAAUAACUUAUGUCCAGAAUAAACGAAGUGAAUAUUUAGCAGAAAAAGAUGCUGUGCUUAGGCACUAUAUUGAAUUGCACCCCGAGGAUUUCACUACUCCUGAAAGAAAGAAGAUUGCUGACAUCUUGGACCCAUGGGUGCCUGUUCGUUAAGUCUGUAUGAUUAAAACUGUAUCUAUAUAAUAUUAUGUUAAAUAGUGAAGAUCUAUAAAUUAAAUAAAUUUAUCAACUAGUGUAUAAA